UAUGUGAAUCGAGUGUUUUCACAAUGAAUAUAAGUGAACCAAUUUACGUUCAUCCGAAAUAAACGCAGUUUUGACAGUAUAGUAGACAAGAGGAAUUUUAAAGUUUUUGUUUUUGUUAUAUUUGACAGAACUCUUUAAAAAGACCGACUGAAUCGCGAAAAGACUGAACCUGCUGACGCAAAUAACCAAUUUCAGCAAAAUGUUUCGUUCUUCACUACAGCAACACAUAAAAGCCCUUUUUGUUAUCACUAGGCCACCACUCAGAAAUUAUGCAGAGAAGAAAUCGGCAGCCAUAGCAACAGCCAAGGAACGAACAGACGUAUCAACGGAUGUCAAGCCAAUUGGUGAACGAAUCAAAGAAAAUACGAAAACUGCCAGUUACAUGGGAGUGAUUGUAUUGGGUGUCGGUGUAACUGGAGCCUUAUUUUACACAGUUCUGAAAGAACUUUGGUCAUCGAAUAGCCCGAACAAUAUCUACUCAGCUGCGUUGGACCGGUGUGUGAAUGACACUCGCAUCCAAGAUCAAUUGGGUGCACCGAUAAAAGGUUAUGGCGAAGAGUCGAGACGGGGACGCAGGCAACAUGUUGCACACACAUCGUUUGAACGGAACGGAAUACCUCAUAUGCGAAUGCAGUUCUAUAUUCAAGGGAUCCGGAAUAAGGCGACCGUACAUUUGGAAAUGAAGCAGAAUUCGUCCGGAGAGUACGAGUAUCGGUACUUAUUCGCCAAAUUGGAUCAUUAUCCCAGAACGACGGUUAUUUUGGAAGACAAUCGAGCCAACGAUACGGCAACGUCAGGUUCGCAGAAUAGUGAAGCAAUGUCAUUCUAAGAACAUCGAUGGAAAAUGCUUUGAUGUUACUUUUGACGGUGUUGAUGUAAAUAAAUUUGAUUUCUAUGUA